AUGAUUCUAAACAACAAAAAAGAGAGUAGUGGAUAAGAGGAAAAGUAGCCUUUAAAUUAAAAUGAAGCAGAUUUAUAGAGUAUUCCUGCCUAAAAUUAGUAGAUUGAAUAAGCUUAAUAAGCAUAGGAAGUUACUGGAUAAAGAAAAAAAUAAACUGCUCUCCAAUCUUCAAUUUAAACAGCUUUAAAUAGACUUAAAUUUUUAAUCUCAUUCACUAUGUUUUUAGAUGUAAUUGGAGCUGAGCUUUUAUGUGGAUUAACAUAGGUCUGCUACUUCAACGGUAUCGAAUCUCCCAAAUUUCUGAGCUAAUCUUUACUGUUAUUCAUGGCUCUUACAAUCAUUUUUUUAGUAAUUGCUUAUAAGUUUAUUAGCGUUUUAAAUAAAGAAUGGAUAAAAAUUUUAAAAUUUUUGCUAUUUUUCUGGGCUAUCACUCUUGUAGUUUUUGCUAUAGCUUCAUUUGCAUAUGCCUUUUCUAGCGAUCAGUAAAAGAACUUUACUAAUAGCUAUUAAAAUUUCUCUGAAAUAACAUAAUAAUACUACUAGAAAAAAUGCCCAUCAACUACACAAAAUUCAGAUGGUUCAUACAUAAGUGAUUCAUGUUUAUAAGAUAGAUAUAAAUUAAAUGUAGUUUUAAUCGCAAUUUUCCAUUUAGUAACAGGUGUGUUUAUACUGGGAAUAUUUUUAUUGCUCAUCAACUUAGAGGUACCAGAAAAUUUCAGACCAGUUUCAACUUCUAUUAGAGUAGGAAAUGAAAAAUAAUUUAUCAUAAUUGACUCAAGAUAUACAAAAGUUAACACAAGAAAGAAAUAAGAAAAUGUAGAAGCUGAAUCAAAUAUACCUUCUAAAUAAGAUUUAGAAGAUCCAAAAGUUAAUCAACCAGAAUAUAAUUUAUAAAAUAUAAAUGAUGAUCCAGAUAAAAGACCCUUCGGUCACUUAAGAAAACCAUAUUGA